AUGGAUAUGGCGGGAAUUUCUUAUCCUGUUAUUCCUGACCCUGUGCCUACGCCCAACGACAAUGCUAAAGCGUUACUUGGCAUAUGUGCUGAAGAAGAAUUACUAGUUGUUAACAAUUUACAAAAUAUGAAUUCUCAUUAUUUGAGUAAGAAAAUCUAUUGUAAAGGAAGUGAAUGGAUAUCUGAAUUGGAUAUUUGUAUCGUGUCUAAGGGUUUACUCAGCUUGAUUGAAUCCUUUGACGUUGUUAGAGACAACUCUUUACUUUCAGAUCACGCACCAAUUAGUGUUACGCUACAACCACCUUCAACUUGUCUCGAAACUCUUAAACUGAGAUCAUUUGAACUGGGUAAACAUGGUGCAGAGAUUAACGUUAUUGAUAUGGUGAAAACUCGCCAGUCAAUAAGCAAAAGACCUAUACGAUAUCAGAACAUCAACUAUGAAUUAUUUGUGUCCAAACUCAAUGAGAUAGAUUUGCAUACACAAUGUAGUGACGAUAUAGAUGUAACAGCCUCUACUAUAACUGAAACGUUAUAUGAAUGUGGAAGUGCCAGUAAAUAUCCACGUUGUGCCCGUGUAGAGGAGGUGACUGAUGGAAGAGGAAGGUGGGAAAGAAUGUUGGAUAAUAAUGAUCAGGCUAAAUUAUGGCAAGCAAUAAACUGGCGCGGUGAGAUAACAGACGAUAGUAACAACACAGAGUCCAUGCCAGAUGAUGAAGUCUUUAAAGAGCACUUUGAAAAAAUAUUUAAUCCACCGGAUAUAGUUUACCCGAAUGCUAAUGAUCUACACUCUCAUCUCAACAUACCGAUAUUAGACGACAUAAUCAACGUAGAAGAGGUGCAGAGACAGAUUAAGAGAUUAAAACCAGGCACGGCUUGUGGCCCUGAUGGAGUACCACCUACACUUUUCAAAGUUUUACCUGUUCAAUGGAUAAUGUUUAUAACUACACUCUUUAAUAACAUAUUUCUGACUGCCUCUUACCCUACUAGUUGGAUAAUGGCAAAACUGUUCACUAUAUAUAAACGUGGGUCUAAAGCACUCCCAAGUAAUUAUAGAGCAAUUAAUGUUAUUAAUACAAUAGCAAAAUCAUAUGACAUGGUCCUGUCAGCUCGCCUCCAUCAGUGGUUUGUGCCUCACCAGGAACAGGCGGGCAGUCAGCCAGGAAGAGGAUGUGUGGAACAUCUGGUAACACUCAGAGUGUUGAUGGAUAUUGCUCGAAGGAAAAAACUGAAGCUAUUUAUUACAUUUGUGGAUUUCAGUAGAGCUUAUGAUUGUGUACCGAGGUUUGAUUUGUUUAUGUCGUUGAAGAGGAUGGGAUGUGGUGUUACUAUGCUCUUAGCUUUGGCUGCAAUGUAUAGAUGUACGAAUAGUGUGGUGGGAACUGCUGUCAUCGCAACCACCGUUGGUGUGCGUCAAGGCACACCCACAUCUUGUAUACUGUUUAUCCUUUAUGUUAAUGAAAUGAUACAAAUGUUAAAACAACGAUGUCCUGUGGAUGGUUUCCUUGCAUGGUUGCAUGUUUUAGUCAUGAUGGAUGACACUAUACUGUUAUCAACAACUCGAGAUGGAAUGAAAAGUAAGACAAAAAUUUUACAAGAGUUUUGCAGCACUCGUGGUAUGAUCCUUAAUGAUAACAAGACGAAAUUUAUGGUGUUGAAUGGAGAUAAGGAAGAUAAGGAAAAUAUAACAAGUGAGAAUAAUGUUAUUAGUUGUUGUGAUCACUACAUUUAUCUAGGAAGUCCCUUUACUGAUGAUGGCUCUCCAUCAACUGCAAUUAAGUUACAUGCUAAUAUGAAGAUAUGCCAUACUUUGAAAUUUAUAUCUUUCAUUAAUAAGAAUAAUGAUGUGCCAUUUAUAGUUAAGAAAAAAAUAUUUGAUGCUGCACUUAUGUCGUCGCUACUGUACGGUUGUGAAUCCUGGCUCAAUGGAGUCACCAAGCCUAUAGAAAAACAGUAUAAAUGGUGUAUAAAGAAACUUCUUGGCGUAAGAAAAACGACGAACAAUGAUGUUUGCAUGGUAGAGUUGGGCAUGCCCCCAGUCUGUGCACUGGUUAAGGCAAAACAAAGAAAAUUUUUUAAAGAAAUGUGGACAAAAAGAAACACAAUGGAUGACGACCCACUUAUAUAUGCAAUAAAGGCGGCACUAAGGUAUAAUGAUGUUGUGUCCAGGUAUAUGACAGACUUGAUCACUGUCGACAGUGACGAUGUGCACAGUGCAAUGGAUGAGGUGAAGAUCCGUGUGAGAGUUUCAGUAUCAAACAGGCUAAGUUUUUAUAAGUCUGUUAAUAGUGAACUAAUAGUGCAUGACAUUUACAUAAAAAACGUUAAAGUUAAUGAAUUGGAACGAGUGUCCUGGACAAGGUUACGUCUGUCUUCACACUCGUUGGCAGUUGAAAAGGGACGCUGGAAUUGGCGAGGAAGGGGUCGUCUUCCCUUGGAGGAAAGAUUGUGUUCAUGUGGAAUAUUCACUUCUAAAUAA